AUGGGAAGCCACGGUGAUGAUCAUAUCUAUCUGCUGGGGCGAAGUGAGGCCGAGACUACACGUCUCAAUAAUCAACAUCGCUUCCUAGUGGCCAUCUCCGGCGAUAUUAUUCAUCCAUCUAUCCCUAUCGACACAAUCACGGCUGUGGCCGAUGUCGGCACUGGAACUGGCAUCUGGCUCGCAGACCUCGCCAAACGCCUGCCGAAUGCACAAUCAGUCUACCUGCACGGAUUCGACAUUUCAGACGCCCAAUUCCCACCCGACCACACAAUAAGCGGACCUCAAGGUCGAAAGAUCCCAUUAAGCGUUCAGGACGGCUUGAAGCCAUUCCCGCCAGAACACCUCGGUCGCUACGACUUAGUCCACAUCCGAUUAUUGACAGCAGGCCUACUACAAGAUGGGUACGCCACCGUAUUGAAGAAUGCCCGAGACCUCCUAACCCCAAACGGGUGGAUCCAAUGGGAAGAAGUCGACCACACCACAUUCUGCACCGACAAACUCCCUGAACACCCCGCCAUCACCAAACUACGCAAUGCCACCAUCGAUGCCAUGCUCAAAAUAGGUAUGUGGCCCUUUGCGCCACAGCGCGUCUUCGAUGAGAUCUCCAAGGCGCAGUUUCAGAAUGUGCGGCGCGAGACGUACACGACUGUCGGGAAGGAACAUUUGCAUGAGAUAGCGCCGAAGUGGGUGGCGAAUGUGAUGCGGGCAUUGGUUCCUCCUUCGAUGGUGGUGAAUGGGCAGGCGAGGAAUGAGGAGGAGGCAAAAGCCAAGGUGGAGGUUUUGAUUCGGCAGUUUGAGGAGCAUUGCGAGGGGGCGUUGCCCUUGGUCAAUCUUGGAGUCACGGUUGCGCAGAGGUGUGAGUGA